AGGGCAAAUGGCAUGCUAAUUGCUUCAGAUGUCAGACGUGCAAGAGACCAUUCCCAGAUAAGAAUUUUAUGUCUUUGAUAAGCAACCCUAUUGUAAGCGCCAUUACCAUCGGCUGAAUAACUCGAUGUGCAUGAGAUGCGAUGAGCCUAUUGAAGGAGCUUGUGCUCAGACCUUGGAGAGGCUGGCGAUUUCAUCCAAAGUGCUUCAAGUGCUCACAGUGCGGCAACAAGCUGAAGGAUAACUACUACAGUUACGACAAUCAAACAUAUUGCGAGAAAGACAUGCUCCACAUCCAACGUACCCGCAAUGUCCGUGCAGAGCGGGGCAGGACUAUCUAUGGUGAAAUCUAAACAAUAGUGAUAAUAUGUAAUAAAAAGUUAUUUGUAAAUAACAGUAUAAAUUAGAC